AAUAUUGAUUUCAUAGUAUCUGAUCAAAUCCUUAUACAAAGAAAAUGGGAAUAAGAGACUUCCAUAUCAGGCUUAAGGCAUUCAGGGUGAAACGUUUUUUCUUUGGAAGAAGGAGAAACAAAUGGAGAGGAAACAAGCCUUCAUGGAUGAUUCCAAUAUCACAUGGCCAUCAUGUGGUGGAGCAUCAUGUGAUCAAAGGUGGUUCUGAUGACUCAGAGUUUGAUUCAGUUGUGAUACAGAGGGAGCAGAUGGAUCACACAGAACUGUGGUAUUUUGGAAUCUUUGAUGCUGUUGUUGGAGAUGGAGUUACAAAGUUUGUGCAGUCCCAUUUCUUUGGCAAGAAGCUCAAAGAGUGUCAUAUGAGGAGAAAAGGCAAAGAAACACUGAAGAGAGCUUAUCUAGGUGUAAGAACAAAGAUCAGAGAGGCACUGAAGCCAGAAGAGGAGAUAUGCAGAAUAGGUUCAACAUCAGUGAUGGUGAUAAAUGGAGAAAAGCUAGUGAUAGCCAACAUGGGAGAUUACAGAACUGUUUUGUGCAGAAAUGGUGUCGCUUAUCAGACAACUGGCAGACACAGUCAUUCAGCCAAGAGAAAUUGGUAUAGCAGACUCUUUUCAGUACGCAUGAUAGCUUGUGAAUCAGGCAACACAACAGGUACAAAGCAUUCUAAAGGCUCAGAACUUGUGGUGGGAGGUGAUAGAAUCGACUGUGAUACUGAAUUUUUGAUCCUUGCAAGCAGUGGCAUAUGGGAGGUGAUGAAGAACCAAGAGGCUGUGAGUCUCAUAAGACACAUAGAAGAUCCACAAGAAGCAGCUGAGUGCUUGGCAAAGGAAGCUUUGAUCAGGAUGAGCAGAAGCAAAAUUUCAUGCUUAGUCAUUCGCUUUGACUGAUUCUUCACCUUAAGGGUGUAACCUUGAGCUUUGUUGAAUCAUGCCACCAUAAUUGGUGUGUCCUAGUUGCAGCAAUUGUAGCCAACAAACUUACUUAUCAGACUUCAAGAUAUGGAUAGAGAACUUGAUGAGUUCAACACACAACUAGAUUAUCUAGCUGUUUGUACUUUCAUCAUGCCAAAACUCAACAAAAAUAGAACAACAUGGUGAUGACAAAAUUAAGUAUUUUCUUCUGUAAUUCCUAAGUGAUUUGCACUAAUGUUCACAAAGGUUGUUCAUUUCUUUUUCUAUCACUGAUUUUUUUCUGAGCUAAUUUGGUUUACAUUGCAAUUGUACGACUCUCAUUCAAUAUGACUUUUAAGU